AUGGCGGAACCACAUACAAACGGAACGGUACCAGUAGUGUCCUCUUACGCCGCGAGACAUAAUCUUGCAGAUCACUUUAUUGGAGGAAAUAAAUUAGAAAAUGCUCCCGCGAGUAAGGUUAAGGACUUUGUGGCAGCAAGUGAUGGACAUACGGUUAUUACAAAUGUUUUGAUCGCAAACAACGGAAUUGCUGCUGUAAAGGAAAUUCGAUCGGUACGAAAAUGGGCAUACGAAACAUUUGGAGAUGAAAAGGCUAUUCAAUUCACCGUUAUGGCCACUCCGGAGGAUCUUCAAGCCAAUGCAGAUUAUAUCCGUAUGGCAGAUCAAUAUGUUGAAGUUCCGGGUGGUACGAAUAACAACAACUACGCCAAUGUCGAAUUAAUUGUUGAUGUGGCCGAGAGAAUGAACGUUCAUGCUGUGUGGGCUGGAUGGGGUCAUGCAUCAGAGAAUCCAAAACUUCCGGAAUCCUUAGCUGCGAGUCCGAAAAAGAUUGUAUUCAUUGGCCCUCCAGGUUCGGCCAUGAGAUCGCUCGGUGACAAGAUUUCUUCCACUAUCGUUGCACAACACGCCAAAGUACCAUGUAUACCUUGGUCAGGAACUGGUGUUGAUAAGGUAGAGGUUAAUGAGGAUGGUAUUGUUACCGUCGAAGACUCGGUGUAUAUGAAGGGAUGUGUUCAAUCAUGGGAAGAAGGUCUACAAAAGGCAAAUGAGAUCGGAUUCCCAGUCAUGAUUAAAGCAUCUGAAGGUGGUGGUGGAAAGGGUAUCCGAAAAGCUGAAUCCGAAGAAGGUUUCGAAGCCCUUUACAAAGCUGCCGCGAGUGAAAUCCCUGGUUCUCCAAUUUUCAUCAUGAAGUUGGCUGGUAAUGCGAGACAUUUGGAGGUUCAAUUGUUGGCUGAUGAGUAUGGAAAUAACAUCUCCCUCUUUGGUAGAGAUUGUUCCGUACAAAGAAGACAUCAAAAGAUUAUCGAGGAGGCUCCAGUUACUGUUGCCAAACAAGCCACUUUCCAAGCCAUGGAGAAGGCAGCUGUUCGUCUUGGUCGUCUUGUAGGAUACGUUUCCGCCGGUACUGUUGAAUAUCUCUAUUCGCAUUCCGAUGACAAAUUUUACUUCUUGGAAUUGAACCCAAGAUUGCAAGUCGAACAUCCUACAACUGAGAUGGUCAGUGGUGUUAAUUUACCUGCGGCUCAACUUCAGAUUGCAAUGGGUCUUCCCUUGCACAGAAUUAAGGAUAUCAGAUUACUGUAUGGAGUUGAUCCUUCGACCACCACCGAAAUCGAUUUCGAUUUCUCCCAAGAGAAGAGUAUCCAAACUCAAAGAAGACCAACACCAAAGGGACACACCACCGCAUGUCGUAUUACAUCCGAAGACCCAGGAGAGGGUUUCAAGCCUUCGAGUGGUACUAUGCACGAGUUGAACUUCAGAAGUAGUUCCAACGUUUGGGGUUAUUUCUCUGUUGGUACUGCUGGUGGCAUUCACAGUUUCUCCGAUUCGCAAUUCGGUCACAUUUUCGCCUACGGUGAGAAUCGAUCCGCGUCGAGAAAACAUAUGGUUGUCGCUUUGAAGGAAUUGAGUAUUCGUGGUGAUUUCAGAACUACCGUUGAAUACUUGAUUAAACUUUUAGAGACUCCUGCCUUCGAAGACAACACUAUUACCACUGGAUGGCUUGAUGAACUCAUUUCCAACAAAUUGACUGCUGAGAGACCGGAUCCUAUGCUUGCAGUUGUUUGUGGUGCCGUUACAAAGGCCCACAUUGCCAGCGAGGCUUGCAUUUCCGAAUACAGAAAUUCUCUGGAGAAGGGUCAAGUUCCAUCGAAGGACAUUCUCAAGACCGUUUUCCCAAUUGACUUCAUUUACGAUGGUCACAGAUACAAGUUCACUGCUACUCGAUCCAGCUUGGAUAGCUACCACCUUUUCAUUAACGGAUCCAAGUGUUCUGUUGGUGUUCGUGCAUUGAGUGAUGGUGGUCUUCUUGUUCUUCUCAGUGGACGUUCCCACAACGUGUACUGGAAGGAGGAAGUCGGUGCCACUCGUUUGAGUGUUGAUAGCAAGACUUGUCUACUUGAACAAGAGAAUGACCCCACUCAACUCAGAACUCCAUCCCCAGGAAAGCUCGUCAAGUUCACUGUUGAGAAUGGAGAACACAUCAAGGCCGGUCAGCCAUUCGCUGAAGUCGAAGUCAUGAAGAUGUACAUGCCUCUGAUUGCCGGAGAAGAUGGUAUCGUACAACUCAUCAAGCAACCAGGAGCAACUCUAGAGGCUGGUGAUAUCCUCGCCAUACUUGCUCUUGAUGAUCCAUCGAGAGUUAAGCAUGCUCAGCCUUUCUUGGGCCACCUACCAGAUCUUGGACCACCACAAAUUGUUGGUACCAAGGCUGCUCAACGUUUCGUACUUCUCCAUAACAUUCUCAACAACAUCCUUGAUGGUUUUGACAACCAAGUCAUCAUGGGUUCUACUUUGAAGGAGUUGAUCGAGGUUCUCAGAGAUCCAGAAUUGCCGUACGGUGAAUUCAAUGCUCAAUUCUCAGCUCUUCACGCAAGAAUGCCACAAAAGUUGGAUGCUACCUUGACUCAAAUCCUUGACCGUGGUAAGUCUCGCAACGCUGAAUUCCCAGCCAAGAACCUUUCCAAGGCUCUUCAAAAAUUCUUGGAUGAGAGUGUUGCACCUGGCGAUGUUGAUCUCCUUACCGCUUCCAUUGCCCCAUUGAUUGAGAUUCUCAACCGAUACCAGAAUGGACCAAAGGCUCACGAAUUUGCCGUCUUCUCUGGUCUUCUCGAGAAGUAUGCUUCCGUCGAGCGUCUCUUUUCUGGUCGUACCUCGCGUGAUGAGGAGGUUAUCCUUAAGCUCAGAGACGAGAACAAGGAUGACAUUUCCAAGGUUAUUCAAAUUGUUCUCUCGCACAGCAGAGUCGGUGCAAAGAACAACUUGAUCCUCGCUAUUCUCGAGGAGUAUCGACCAAACAAGCCCAAUGCCGGCGAUGUUGCUAAGCAUCUCAGACCUUCUCUUCGAAAUCUCACUGAACUCGAGGCCCGUCAAACUGCCAAGGUUUCCUUGAAGGCACGUGAGAUUCUCAUCCAGUGUGCUCUUCCAUCCUUGGAGGAACGUGCUGCACAAAUGGAGCACAUCCUUCGAUCUUCAGUUGUUGAAUCAAGAUAUGGUGAGACCGGAUGGGAACACAGAGAACCUGAUAUCGAGGUUCUCAAAGAGGUUGUUGACUCCAAGUACACUGUCUUUGACGUCUUACCAAUUUUCUUCGGACACAGUGAUCCUUGGGUCUCUCUUGCAGCUCUUGAAGUUUACAUUCGUCGUGCCUACAGAGCAUACUCUCUCAAGAAGAUUGAGUAUCACAACGAGAGUGCCGAACCUCCUUUCAUUGUCUCAUGGGACUUUGUCUUGAGGAAGGUUGGAGCUUCGGAAUUUGGCAUGCCAGUUCAAUCUUCUGCUCCUUCGACACCAGCCACCCCUUCACAUGAGUCAGGCAACCCAUUCAAACGUGUCAGCUCCAUUAGUGACAUGACCUACCUUACCAACAAGCCUGACCACGAACCAACAAGAAAGGGUGUUAUUGUACCAGUUCAAUAUCUCGACGAAGCUGAGGAGUACUUGCAACGGGCUCUUGAGGUCUUCCCUAUGUCUGGAUCUAAGAAGAAGGGCAAUGGUCUCUUGCCCGAACUUGGUGGCAAGCGCAAGGUUGCACCUCCGCGCCUUGACACUGAAGAUGAGCUUACUGCCGUCUGUAAUGUCGCCAUUCAAGAUGCCGAGAGUCUUGAUGACAAUGAGACUGUCGCUAAGAUCAAGCUGAUCGUCAACGAUUAUAAGGAGGAGCUUCUCAACCGUCGCAUUCGUCGUCUUACAUUCAUCUGCGGUCACAAAGAUGGUUCGUACCCUGGAUACUACACUUUCAGAGGCCCCAACUACGAGGAAGAUGAGAGUAUUCGUCACAGUGAGCCCGCUUUGGCUUUCCAACUUGAGUUGGGAAGACUUUCUAAGUUCAAGAUUACUCCCGUUUUCACUGAAAACAGAAACAUCCAUAUUUAUGAGGCUGUCGGAAAGGAAGCUACAAGUGACAAGAGAUACUUCACUCGUGCUGUCGUUCGUCCUGGAAGACUUCGUGACGAGAUUCCUACUGCUGAGUAUUUGAUCUCUGAGUCUGAUAGAUUGAUGAAUGAUAUUCUGGAUGCUCUUGAGAUCAUUGGAAACAACAACUCUGAUCUUAACCACAUCUUCAUCAACUUCUCUCCUGUUUUCCCUCUUCAACCUCCCGAGAUCGAACAAGCUCUCGGUGGUUUCUUGGAGCGAUUUGGUAGACGUCUUUGGAGACUUCGUGUUACUGGUGCUGAGAUCCGUAUUAUUUGCACUGACCCAUCCACUGGCAUGCCAUAUCCCGUUCGUGUUGUCAUUACCAAUACUUCUGGUUACGUCAUCCAGGUUGAGAUGUACGCUGAGCGUAAAUCUGAGAAGGGAGGUGAAUGGGUCUUCCAAAGUAUCGGUGGUACCACCAAGAUUGGUUCCAUGCACUUGAGACCGGUAUCUACUCCAUACCCAACCAAGGAAUGGUUGCAACCAAAGAGAUACAAGGCUCAUCUUAUGGGUACUCAAUAUGUAUACGAUUUCCCAGAGCUUUUCAGACAAGCCAUUCAAAACAGUUGGGUCAAGGCCGUCCGCAAGCACUCAUCUUUGGCCGACAAACAACCCCCUACGGGUGAAUGUAUCGAGUAUAGCGAACUCGUCUUGGAUGACAAUGAUGGACUUGCUGAGGUUUCGCGCGAACCUGGUACUAACACCCACGGUAUGGUUGGUUGGCUCAUAACUGCCAAAACACCAGAAUAUCCUCGUGGCCGUAAAUUUAUCAUUGUCGCCAACGAUAUCACUUUCAGAAUUGGUAGUUUCGGACCAAAAGAAGAUCAAUUCUUCCACAAGUGCACGGAACUUGCAAGAAAGAUGGGUAUUCCACGUAUCUACCUUUCUGCCAACUCUGGUGCUCGUAUUGGUAUGGCCGAAGAGCUUAUGCCUCACUUCAAGGUUGCCUGGAAGAAUCCUGAGAGACAAGAAGCCGGCUUCAAGUAUCUUUACUUGGAUACCGAAGCCAAGAAGAGAUUUGAGGAUGGUAAGAGCAAGGACGUCAUUACUGAGGAGGUUGUUGAGGAUGGUGAGACAAGACAUAAGAUCGUUACUAUCGUUGGUGCUGAAGAUGGUCUCGGUGUUGAGUGUUUGAAGGGUUCUGGCUUGAUUGCCGGUGCCACUUCAAGAGCUUACGAAGACAUCUUUACCAUCACUUUGGUAACUUGUCGUUCAGUUGGUAUUGGUGCAUACUUGGUCCGUCUUGGUCAACGUGCUAUUCAAAUUGAAGGACAACCAAUCAUCCUCACUGGUGCCCCUGCCAUUAACAAGCUGCUCGGUCGUGAAGUCUAUACUUCCAACUUGCAACUUGGUGGCACUCAAAUCAUGUACAAGAAUGGUGUCUCUCACAUGACUGCCAAUGAUGACUUUGAGGGUGUUUCCAAGAUCGUUGAAUGGAUGGCCUAUGUUCCAGACAAGAGAAACAGCCCUCUACCAAUCGGACCUGCUGCUGACUCUUGGGAUCGCGAUAUUGUUUACACUCCACCUGAAAAGCAAGCUUAUGAUGUCAGAAACCUCAUCGCUGGUAAGGAAGACGACGAAGGAUUUAUGCCAGGUCUUUUCGACAAGGACUCCUUCGUUGAGACUCUCGGCGGAUGGGCAAAGACUGUUGUUGUUGGUCGUGCUCGUCUUGGUGGUAUCCCAAUGGGUGUUAUCGCUGUCGAGACCCGCUCAGUUGAGAACAUCACACCUGCCGAUCCAGCAAACCCAGAUUCGACCGAACAAAUCUCCAACGAAGCUGGUGGUGUCUGGUAUCCUAAUUCCGCUUUCAAGACUGCUCAAGCUAUCAAAGACUUCAACAAUGGUGAGCAAUUGCCAUUGAUGAUCUUGGCUAACUGGAGAGGUUUCUCUGGUGGUCAACGUGAUAUGUACAAUGAAGUUCUUAAGUAUGGAAGUUAUAUCGUUGAUGCUUUGGUCAAGUACGAGCAACCAAUCUUUGUCUACAUUCCACCAUUUGGUGAGCUUAGAGGUGGUUCUUGGGUCGUUGUUGAUCCUACAAUCAAUCCAGAAUUCAUGGAAAUGUACGCUGAUGAAGACGCUCGUGGUGGUGUUUUGGAACCAGAAGGUAUUGUCAACAUCAAGUACCGUAAAGACAAGCAAUUGGAGACCAUGGCCCGUCUCGACCCAGAAUACGCUGUACUCAAGAAACAAUUACUCGACAAUGCUGCUGGACAGGAGAAGUUGGCUGAAAUCAAGGCUAAGGUUGAGCAAAGAGAGAAAACAUUACUUCCUGUCUACAAUCAGAUCUCGCUUCAAUUCGCUGAUCUUCACGACCGUGCUGGACGAAUGAAGGCAAAGGGUGUUAUCAGAGACUCAUUGAAAUGGAGAGAGGCUAGAAGAUUCUUCUACUGGCGUGUACGAAGACGUGUUAACGAGGAGUACAUCCUCAAGCGCAUGUUAUCCGCCAACUCGAAAUCACCAACUGGUACCAGGCCAGAGAACUUGAGAAAACUUGCCGCCUGGACUGCCAUUCCAGCAUUCCAAACAGAUGAUAAGAGUGUAGCCAUGUGGUAUGAGGAGAAUAGAAAGGUUGUUCAUGAGAAGGUUGAACAAAUGAAAGUUGAGGGUGUAGCUGCUGAGGUUUCGGCUUUGCUUAGAGCUAGUGGACCUAGUGCUAAGGGGGAUUGA